AUGGCUGUAGGCGAGGGUCGCCGAGGCGUAUGGGAACCUCUACCACUAAUCGUAUACGGUUAUGCUAUACACCCCUUGUCCCCCUCGCACCGCGACACCAGGAUUUCCAGCCGUACACCGAGGCUCUCUACAGUAACUGAAGCUUCCACGUUUGACAGCAUCCAGUACAAGGACGUCGUUUCCUUGGAGGUGGGAGAUGAGGUAUACGCUUUCGAGAAGUACACGCCGAAGGGGAAGGAGUGCGAAGGGGUCUGGUACAGAGGGUACGUCGUCGUGCAGACGCGGCGCCCGACGGUGAACUGGUCGGCCAUCUCGGACCCCUCGUCCUCUACGCCCAAGCCGCUCGCGAAGGCCGAGGAGCCCCAGCAGGUCUUCAUCGGCAUCUUCCCCUCCUCGCACAUUUACGUCCGUGAGGAGCUCUCCGAUGCCGAGGGCCGCCUCGCCGACCUCGCCUCCAUGCACGCGUCGAACAUCGGCGCGCCGGGAUCCGGGACGGGGACAGCUACCCCGAGCAUGCACACCGUCCAGGAAGACGACGAGGUUGACACGCACCGGGGGCGUCCCAACAAUAAUAAUGGGUCCUUUCGCCUGGGUCCCCCGCCCGAGCAGGCGAACUCGUCUAGGGCCGCGCUCCCCGUGUACACCCAGAGCCUCCGCUCGUCCUCCCCUGCCGAGUCGCAGCUCAUCAAGCCGCUCCCCCCGCGGCCCACAUUGAAGAUGCAGGAUGACACAGCGAGCGGCGCGGAGCAACCCAUCAUCGACGAGAUAGCGUCCGCCCUGCGGGAAUGGCACACCCUCAUGUUCCAGUACCUCGCGCGGCGCGACUACAAGCUGUUCCACACCGUUCGGGAGCACAUUGAGGCGCUGCAUCUGGGCCGCCGGCAGCUCCUCGCGCAGACGCUCAGCGCGGACGAGACGAUGAACCUCCGGCGGGACUGCGUGGCGAGACUGGUAAGUGGGAACAUCGUCCAGGGCUUGGACGUGAUCGUCCGGCACCCAACGUGGGGUGCGCUCGUCACCGUUGAUGUGGAGGGCGACAUUGACCCGCGCAGCUGGGUCAGCGCCGUGCGGAUGUACGCGAUGCAGACGUCCCUGGCGUACAUGGACGUGAAUACGAACACACCGCUCAAGUCCGGUAAGCUCCCUGCGCUUGCAUCGGUUAUAGAUUUUGCGUCUACGGGACCCGUCCCUACUCCCGCACAUUCUGCGUUUCCGGACUUACCGACGCGAGGGAAGGGCCAUUCCCGUGCUGUCGGCUCCUUGGGCCCUCCCCAGCCCCCGAAACUCGCUGCUGCGAAGUUUUAUCACGUAUUCCUUGAGCUGAAGGCGUUCGUUGCGUCUCCCUGUGCUCCAGGAGAGACUGCGGAGUUGUGGUUCUCCCUGUAUAACCGGGCAGAGUCCAAGUUCGUGAGCGAGGACUUUGUCGUUGUACUUAAUCACCACGGGAGGCUCUCGCGUGAUCCAUCCGCGCAUAUCCGCACCCUCUUCACUGAUCUCGUACAGUCCGAUGUCCAGGAUCCGAUAUACCUGGUCUGCCGUAUCGUCAGGAAGGGUGCGCUCAAGCUCGGGAGUAACCUCAGCUCUGGCUUGCCCAUUGAUCGGAGGGAGUCAGAGAGCGAUGGCGCAGGCUUUCAUGGUCCCUCGCAACCAGCGAAUGGCCAGUCAUCGUCGAGCGAUCCGGGGAACACCUUCCGUCGACCAUUUGGAUGCGCCGUGCUGGCGCUGGACCAGCUCACCCAGAUGGCGGCGGACCACUCUGAGGUUUCCUCGACCAAGGAACAUCCGAUGCCGAUUUUUGUCCCUGUCCCCAACAACGAGAGCGGGUUCUCUAUGCUCCAUCAGGAUAUCAUCGAGAAUUACACGAAGGAAUUUGAGAAAUCGCCAAGGGCUGAUAUGCUCGUCGUUUCCAUCAAGGUAUAUCACGGAGAGACGGAGAGGAUCAUCAAGGAGAAUACAUCGCUACUCCAGGAUACCCCGCUCACCCUACGGCUUGGCUUCCCAGAUGUCGUAUUCCCGGGCGAUGUUCGUAACGAGCUCUAUGUCAAGUUAUGGAGCGGAGACUUCUCUCCCUCCCGGUCUGGGUCUGCGCGGUCGAGUAUGGCGAACUUCGCAAGGGGCCAGAUUGCGUCCACUGCGAAUAACAUACAGGUCACUGUCGAGAUCCGAGAUCAGGACGGCCGAAUCGUGGAGGACGCGCUGUAUAUGGGAAGCGGAGAGCCGGCGGUGAAGCAAUUCCACUCUAUCGUCUUCAAGCAGAACAAUCAGCCGACAUUUGGAGAGCUCAUUAAAAUCAAGCUUCCGUUGCAGGGCAUACCGUCUUGGCACCUCUUUUUCACCUUCAGGAACCGUAGUUCAAGCCAGAAGACGGCUGGGCGAGCGGGCGUUGACGCACCUGAACGUCCUUUCGCAUUCGCAUUUCUUCCGUUAUUCCCGGAUGACUGCGCCUUCCCUGAAGACGGCGAGCACAGGCUCCUCCUCUACCGAGCUGAUAGGUUGAGUCAAAUUUCGCCCGACAUGUAUCUGUCGGCGCCGCCAUGCUUGGCACCCAACCAAAGAUAUAAUGAGUUACCGCUACCGGCCGAUAUGGCGCGAGUGACCCAGGCUAUCCGGGACCAUCUCACUCUCCGGACAUCCCUAUGCUCCACCAGGUUCACUCAAAAUUCGGUGCUACUGAGUCUCCUGAAUUGGGAGAAGAUUAGGGAUAACGAGCUCCUCUCGACAAUCCUUACGAAGUUCACGUUCGUGGGAGAGGUCGAGAUAGUCAAGUUCUUGCGCGACAUCUUUGAUUCCUUGUUCGGUAUCCUCGUCUCUCGGAGCAAUCAGACGGGCGAGAUGGACCAUCUGGUGUUCAACGCGCUCGUCACUGUGCUCGGGAUAGUGCAGGACCGGCGAUUCAGCAACUUCCAGCCGGUGUUGGACGUCUACAUCGAGAAGCAUUUCAACUGUGCUCCAGCUUCCUCGCACAUGCUACAUUCCAUGAACAGACUUCUUGCUAACCCGACAUCCACAGCUCUGAUUGCGGCACUGAAAGUAUGGCACUAUAUCUUCAAAUUUAUCGCCAGGUCGCGGGAACUACAGAAAGUGAAAGAACUGGGCAUGGGAGGCGGCGCGACUGCCGAACAUCUUGAAUCAACUUUCAAACGAGAAGUGCAAGCUCAUCUCUCAGAAGUCAAUCUAAUGAUGUCCACUACAAGUCCAUCUUCGAUCAUUGGAGCUCAGACGAUCGCCUUGAAGCACUUUACAGCGAUAUUACCUGAACUUGCCAAGAUCUUUUCGACAGUGGAGCUUGUGACAAUAGCGACAACCUUCGCCAAUGCUGUACUGCCUGCGAAAGGGAAGAUUGUCGUGUGGAAAUUGAACAUGUAUCUGCAGCUGGUCAAGGGCUUCUUGUUCGACAAUCCUCAAUCCCGGUCGUUGCUUGUUGACGCCGUCGUAAUAUGGAUCAAGCCUCACUUUGGACGCUUUGACGAGUAUGCUCACACGCAAGCUGGCGACUCUGAUUCAGCGCGGGACGCUGCACGCGUGGAGUGGAUCGAGAGUAUUCGGAUAUGUGUCACGAUCAUCGCUGUCAUGCUGGACAAGUUGCAGCAAAAUCUAAUAUCACCUUCCACCAUUAGCGACAGGAAUCUACUUCGUCAAGAACAAGAUAACAUCGAGUACCUCGUGACCCUUUUGCCUAGACUAUUGGAUUCCUACGUCGAGCUUCAAAAUCCGCUAUCAAUACGUGCUAUCGAGCGUACACGUUCUCCAACUACCCUUACGGCCUCUGCGCCUGUCACAUUCCCUGAAUCAUACCCAUUUUCGCUCCUUGCACAUCCUCCUAAUUCGGCUGGCCCCCGAUACAACCCUGUUGGUCCAACGUCUAACAAAGCUGUCUUUAACCCUGGACUAGGCGAAGCUGCGAUAGUCUUUCUCACACUCAUUCUUUCAUCGCCGAAAAAGAAUAUCCUGAAUUUCCUAAUUGAUCAAAUGCUUGAGAUUGAAGGUAGGGAUAACACCAGGAACUUCCUGUCUCAACUCUUCAAGGUGUCGGCCUCUAUCGUGGAUAACGGGGCAUUCCCUCAUAAUUGGUUGAACGUCAACAUUUUGGCUCACAAGGUCUUGAUUAAACUCAUGGACCCCGUGGCUACCUUAAUGGAGCGACACUUCGUGCCCCAUGAACAUGCCCCCUUCCAAUUUGACGCAGCCCUCUGGCAAGAAUGUGUCUACGUUCUCUUAAAGCUUUGUUCCUCUGAGCAACUGAUGAUCGAAGAAUUUAGCCCACAGAGGCGCCGCGCCGUUUGGCGGCUAGCAGGUGAUAUACGAGGAGAAGGUGCUGCCGUUUUGCUCCGGCUCUGGCAUGCUUUGGGUUGGUCCUCCGGUACUGCGACGCCUAUUUAUGGGGGCUAUCAAAUUGCCCUGAACGUUCUCGUUGGCCAUAUAGUCAAUCUAUGUCUCAGCCACCACGAUCAGCUGCGACAAAAUGCCGUUCAAAUUCUCUAUAGCAUGAUCAUCUCGGAAUACCACACAUCUGGUCAUUUCGACGAAAUCGAGAACGAAGUAGUCAGCAAGCUCGAUUCGCUGUUCAUGUCCGACAGUCGAGGAGACGACAUAUCAAGGGCUUUCUUCAUUGGGCAACUGAGGCAUCUCUUUGAUUCGUCGGAUGUGGAUGCGCAGCUACGGGAACGAAUCACGAUUUUCCUCGAAGCUGUUGAUCAGUUCCUCGAGCUUUUGCUCAGCGUUCGGGCACUACCCGAGGGUGAGGAAUUUGCGGACGACAGAGUCAUUGCCACGCUUCGCCUCAUGAACUUCAUAAGAAGAAUUGGGCGGGAUGAGAUGUACAUCAAGUAUGUACAUCAGCUGGUCAAUAUGCACCUGCAAUCCCAGAACUACGUAGAGGCUGCUCUGACUCUGAAGUUACACUCGGAUCUACACGAUUGGGAUUUGAAUACUUUUGUGGAACCGAUGGAAGAUUUGGGUCUCCCGCAGCAAUCUCAGUUUCACAGGAAGGAGACCUUGAGUCUCUUGAUCCUUGACUACCUCGGGAAGGGCAAGGCCUGGGAAAGUGCAAUUGAGAUCUGUAAAGAGCUGGCCUUCCAGCACGAAGAGGUCACUUUCAACUAUGCGAGACUCGCCGAAAUACUGCGACAUCGGGCAACCUUGCUGGAACACAUCAUCACGGAUCAGAGGUACUACCCUGACUACUUCAGGGUGGUAUUCUACGGGAACUUCCCAGAUGCCAUUCGUGGAAAACGAUUCAUUUAUCGAGGUUAUGAAUGGGAGAAGUUUGGCGCCUUCUGCGAGAGAAUACUUAACAAGCAUCCUGGAGCCCAACUUCUCAAGAGCAUGGGGGACCCGCCAGUGGACAUCCGGUUCGGUACUGAUCAAUACAUACAAUGCACGGCAGUUGUUCCGGAGCCUAAUCGCACUCUACCUGUUUUUACCAACCUCGAUGUCCCAGUUCCGGUCCGGACAUACUAUGAGCACUGCGCCAUCAACCUUUUCAGCUGCUCUAGACCUGUCACCAGACAGGCUAGGGACGGGUCGGAAGAGGUAUGGAUCGAGAAGACGUACUUCAGUACAGAGGAGUCGUUCCCGACGGUCUUGAGGAGGUCAGAGAUCGUCGACACAGAAAUCAUCUAUAUCUCUCCCGUCGAGAAUGCUCUCCAAGAAGUAGAAGAGAAGACCAAGGAGCUGCAGAAUCUUCACCUUCGGUACUCUACACUUACCAAGACGGCCCAGUCAGUCUCGACGAACGCGCUGUCAAUGGCUCUCAACAGUGCAGUCGAUGCUCCCAUCAGUGGGGGCAUAGCAAGCUUCCGCCAACUUUUCCUCACCCCCGAGUAUUCAGCGCGACAUCCGGAUCGAAUCGAACAAAUUGACAAACUGCGGCAGGCUAUUGACGAUCAGGUCCGUACGAUUGACAGUUGCUUGAAGCUGCACGGUCAACUAUGCCCGCCGGACAUGUUACCAUUCCACGACACUCUGGAAAAGUUUUUUAGGAAAAACUUCCAGGAGGAAAUACACAGGCUGUCCGUCGAUACGGAGCGAGGUGCUUUGCGAGACGACAGCAGGAUAUCGCGAUCCUCUGCGGCAUCCCCCUCCCAAUUUCCUCGGUCUCUCUACGACCAAACAUCACUCAAGAGGUCGAUGUCUACUACAUCUACGAGUAGACCUGCCUUUGUGAUUCCUCCAUUGCAACUCGGCAACUCUAUCACGGACCCUUCAUCCCCGGCAUCGCAUGCUCGUCCAGCAAGCACUGGAGGGAACCAUGGUGCUCCAGAAGGCUUAGGCGGGGGAGCCGCGAAACAAACCCCUCUUCAGCGACAUAUGGCACAGUUGACCCGCCAUGGCAUAACUGGUGUGGCAUCUGGUCCUGAAAACGGCAGUGACUCUCUAUCGGCUGGUUCUCCGCACGAGUCCUAUGUCAACGUCCUAGGAACUGCCCCAACUCAUGGCGGGCUCGGCUUCGUUGGCUCAGGCGCUUCAUUCACCACGUCCGGGACGCAUUUAGGUAGCGUAGGGGGCUCUUUGAGAGGUAGAUUCUCUAAGCUAGGAAGUCUAAACUUCGGUCGCCGCGAUGGAUGAGGACGUCGCAUCAUACCAUCCCUUCGUGUUCCAUGGCAUAGGUUCUGGUGGUAACAUCUCUUACAUACUGGAUCUUUCUGAUUUUGGAUAAAUUUAUUGAUCUUUGCUCUUUGUUGUAAACACUGUACAUGUAAC